AACCAAUCAGGUUGCAACAAGAGCGAGUUACAUUUCUGAGGAGUUGUGAGUCUUAAAAAUUAUGGGACUGCUAAACUUCUACGUCCUUUGGUCCCUGCGUGACGCGCCGCGACAAUUUAUUAGCAAAUCAAACCGAAGAUGCUUCCACGUCCACGUCCCACUGCCUCUACCCAAACAGCUGGUGAUCUUCGGCCUCGGUGACUGGGGUUGUGGCGAGAGCACCAUCUCCGCGGAGGUCGUGGUCAGCGUUGACGUGCGGCAAAACAUUGGCACUCUCACUUCUCAAAUCAGGUGUUUGACGUUUGAGGGAGGCUGGUGCUCUGAAAUCGAGAUGGUGGCAGCACAAAAGGGCAGGAGGGGAGUUUAUGGCAAGAUAGUUCUCACCGUGUGUACAAAGGAUCAAGGCAACACCUUAAGCAGCAGUACUCCUCUGCCACGGAAAAAAUGUCUGUUCCCAGAACAGCUCGGCACCACAAAUCUCUCAUGCACUUCACUCCAAAGUGUUGCAGAGGACAUGGUAACCCCCAACUCUUCGCAGUUGGCCGACAGUGUUUGCGAUAUCCAGGUUAAUAAAGUUGAUACCGGCACUUUGGACACAGGAUAUAAACCUUCACUUUGGCCUACGGACAAGACCCCCAGACGGACCGUCAUCAGCAAGCGAGGCCGUUUAACAUGGAGCUCCGACAGUUCUAUCGAGGGCAUCGACCGAGCGUCGACUGCCAAGAAAAUGAGGCUGACCAGGAUGAACAGCCAAGAAGAGAUAACUGAGCAGAUAAAGACAGAAGAUAGAGAAGUUUUAGUGUGUCCAUCACGGCGCUGGAGCCAUACGAUGUGCCUCAGUGACCCUGACACUGCCAUUCUUAUUGGUGGAGAAACUUCAGAUCAGAAUUCCUGCAAGGAUUCCCUGUGGAAGCUGGAGUUAGACAAUGAUUUCUGGUACCAAAUGAGCUCCUCCACAUCCGGACCUGCUCCUCCUUGUGCCAGGGGACACUCGGCGACUUAUGACCCCGAAUCUAAGGCCAUCUAUGUUUACGGUGGCUUGAGGGAAGGCCAACGCUACAGCGAACUGUACAUCCUUAAUACUCUGACCUGGAAGUGGAAGCUUGUCACGGCUCAAGGAAAUGUUCCCACCUUGGCGUAUCAUUCCGCUGCUUUUUAUAAGAAGGAGCUUUUUAUUUUUGGUGGGGUUCAUCCGAGCCAGUCUUCCGGGGAAAAGUCAUGCAGUAAUGCUCUGUACAUCUUCAACCCAGAGUUUCAACUGUGGUAUAAGCCCAUAGUGGAUGGAGACAAACCUCUGCCUCGCUUUGGCCACUCAAUUACGCUUCUAUCUCACAAGUUGAUCAUAUUUGGUGGUCGCAAAACUGCCACAUAUCUAAAUGACCUCCACAUCCUCGACCUGGGUUUGAUGGAGUACACAGCUGUGAAGUGCGGGAACAUACCACCGCUGCCUCGAGGGUUUCAUGCUGCCCUCCCAAUUUCAGACAACAGGAUUUUAGUGAGUGGGGGCUGCAGUGCAAUCGGAGCCUUGCGAGAUGUGCAUAUCUUCAAUAUUGACACCAACCUGUGGAGUUCAGUGCAAAUGUCCGAGUUGAGUUUCAAGCCUCGCGCCGGACACAGCAUGAUACAUUUCAAAUCGUCAGACUCUCCGACGCAGAGGAAAGAUGAAUCUGCCAAAGUCCACUGCACAAUACUCGUAUUUGGUGGCUCAGACUGCGCUGGUACCUUCUACAAUGACACAGUUAAGUGCACAGUUAAGAUUUCCUAAUAAUGAUUUAUUGUCUUUUUUAAUCUGGAAAGGACUUUUCGAAACGUGCAUGUAAUGUUUGCAAAAAGGCUGUUGGUUAUCUUGCAUAAUUUAAGCCAACGUUUGCAGCUCAGUCUUCUUUUAGCUCCUGACAUCCCAUAAUUAUCUUGUAUUAUAUUGUCCUUUCUCCAAGCAGCUAAUAUGCUGCAAGCUGUGUGAUGUCACACUUUGCAUAACAAAUCAGUAAUUUUCACAGAAGGUCAAUUGAACCGUGUAUAUAUCAAUCACAAUAAUGCUGAGCUUGGUUGUUUAAUAAUGAUAUUAAUAAAUGAUAAUGUUUUUACUAAGAAAGACUUUGCUUGUUUCAAAUUACAGCCAUAGGCAGUGGUCAUGUUCAAAGUAUUUUAUUUAUAGGUGUAGAAAGUUGGGGCAGUUUC